AUGGCCUCCGCAGCUGCAGACAAACUGGCCACGAUGUCCCUCAAGUCAGCGCAGACCGUGUCUCACGGACCAUGCAACAACACUGCUGAGUGGAAGACUCAGCUCGAGAGUGUGUCCGGGCUUCCGGAGUCUUAUACUCUGACAAAGACUCUCGUCUUCAAGCCCAAGACCCCGAAGUCCCAGACCGCCGUUCUUGUCGUCGUGAUCGCUCUCGAGGAUUCGGAUACCAACUCUGCAUUGGUUGCAAAGGCCCUUGAAGUCAAGGAGCCUCGCUUUGCGCAGGCCGCUGCCGUACAGGAAGCAUUGGGCUCCCUGCCCGCAGACGUAUCCCCUUACACAAUCACCCAGGAGAAUGCCGCGUCUGUUCAGGUCGCGUUUGACCAGCGCAUCCUUGAUUCUUCCGCGAAGAUUGGUGUCCACACCACCAAAUCUGACGAGACUGCGUUUGUCUCGGGUACAGAGAUCCGAUCAUACCUUGAGAGCACUGGUGUCAAGCUCACCGUUGUGGAUUUCUCACUGGCGAGUGUGCAAGCUGUCGCAAAGACUAUUCCUAACAAGCCCGCCGUAAAGCAGGCUAAGGAGAAGACGAUCGACGGUGCCGAACUUGUCGGUAUCACAAUCCGAAAGGAAGACGAUUUCUCUGCUUGGUAUCAGCAAGUCCUCACCAAGGGAGACAUGUUGGAUUACUACGAUAUCUCUGGAUGCUACAUUCUCAAGCCGUGGUCAUACUCCAUUUGGGAGAAGGUGCAGAAGUACUUCGACGAGCGAAUCAAGGGAAUGGGAGUGCAAAAUUGCUACUUCCCCAUGUUCGUAUCGGCAAAGGUUCUCGAGCGAGAGAAGGACCACAUCGAGGGCUUCGCCCCCGAAGUCGCCUGGGUGACCAAAGCAGGUUCAAAGGAGCUCGAUGAGCAUAUUGCCAUUCGUCCCACCUCCGAAACCGUCAUGUAUCCCUACUACUCCAAGUGGAUCCGUUCGCACCGUGAUCUCCCCCUCCGUCUCAACCAAUGGAAUUCGGUCGUCCGAUGGGAAUUCAAGCACCCCCAGCCUUUCCUCCGCACUCGCGAGUUCCUCUGGCAGGAGGGCCACACGGCGCACUUGCGUUUCGAGGAGGCCGACAAGGAAGUAAUGCAAAUCCUGGAGUGGUACGUGGGUAUCUACAAGGACAUCCUCGCUGUUCCUGUCAUCAAGGGAAAGAAGACCGAGAACGAGAAGUUCGCGGGAGGUUACUACACUACCACUUGCGAAGGAUACAUUCCCUCUACCGGUCGUGGUAUCCAGGGCGCCACCUCUCACUGUCUGGGUCAGAACUUCUCCAAGAUGUUCAACAUCACCGUCGAGGAUCCCGAGUGGAAAGAAGGCCAGCCAGAUGAGGCGAAGAAGGUUUAUGUGUGGCAGAACUCUUGGGGCCUGUCCACCCGUGUGAUCGGUGUAAUGGUCAUGGUUCACGGAGACAACAAGGGCUUGGUCCUUCCUCCCAACGCCGCUCAGAUUCAGGUUGCGAUUGUUCCCUGCGGCAUCACCGCCAAGACCACCAAGGAGCAGAGAAGCAGCCUGGAGAACUCAGUCUUGGAUCUUGAGAAAACUCUUAAGGAUGCUGGAAUUCGUGUCCAUGCCGACCUUAGGGAUACCUACUCUCCUGGUUACAAGUUCAACGACUGGGAGCUGAAGGGAGUUCCAUUGCGACUUGAGUUCGGCCCCAAGGACAUCGAGAAGAAGCAGGUCGUCACUGUUCGCCGUGACACCGGUAUCAAGCAGAGCAUCUCGCUCGAUAACGUUGCGGAGCAGAUCUCGGCCAUCCUUGACACCAUGCACAACGACAUGUACAACAAAGCCAAGAAGUCCUACGACGACCACGUUAAGCUCGUCACCAAGUGGGAGGAGGUUGUUCCGGCUCUGGACGCAAAGAAUGUCAUUCUCAUGGCUCACUGUGAUGACAACGAGUGUGAGGACAACGUCAAGGAUGACAGUAAGGGACGUGUCGAUGCCGAUGCUCCUGAGGACUCGCGGGCCCCGUCCAUGGGUGCCAAGAGUUUGUGCAUUCCGUUCGAGCAGCCCGAUGGCGAGCAUAAGCUCGUGCCUGGUGUCACGAAGUGUGUGAAGUGCGGCGAGGAUGCUAAGCACUACACCCUCUUCGGUCGGUCCUACUAG